AGAGGGGCAUGGCGCGACGCCUUGUUUUCAGUCGCCAACCUCACUCCUCGCCAACGACGACAACGAGAGCGGCGACGACAAGGGGAGACCAGACCCCUUUCUCCAACCAACUCGGUGCGGCCACGCCCAACCAUUUUCUCACUUACUACACUCGUUUACACCACCACCCAAAGGGACCCAGCCCGUAAAGUCUUUUUCUCUUCUAUUUCCCACGUCUUUUGACAGCUCUUUUCCAAACACAACCUAGCCAGUCAUGGACCGCAUUUCACGAUUUUCGCAGUACCUUCGGCCGCAGCGACCUGCGCCUCAGCCCGAACCUGACGCCCAGGCGGCGUACGAGUCGGAGAAGCGGCCCGAGGAGCAGCAGGAGAUCUUGCAGGGCGAGAGGGAGGCAUCGCCUCAGCCUCUGGUCCCAAAAGACCACGAGCAGGUGCAGGAGCAGGUGCAGGACCGAGACGCCCUGAGGAAGAGGCAGACGAGGAGGUCGCUCAUCCUCACGACGAGUGCCAGUCGAAAGCGUCUCCCCACACUCGCGGAGGUGCUCGCCCGCCGCACGCUACCACCGGUCGACCUCUACUGCUACUACCUUUACCUGCAGCGCGAAGGCUCCGAGGACGCUCUCGACUUCUGGCUCGAUGUUCAGCAGCACGAGAACCUCUGCCGCGCCUACUUUAAGGACCUGAGGAGGAGCGGCAAGUCUAUCCGGGAUGACUGGCCAGGAUACUACCAGGAGGCAAGGCAGAGGGGCUCGAUCUACAACCGCUUCAACGGCAUCGAACACGAUGGAGGCAGCCAGGUCGAGGAGGUCAACGACCCCGAGCAUCAGUCUUCGAUCGCACACGACAACGCCGGUCCCAUGAGCAGCAGCCAUGGACAUCGCGAAGCUGCUGCUGCAGCGCUGAGCAGCAGCCACGGACACGAGCAAGCCCCUGGCAUCGAGGCCAGUAGCCACGGGCACGACCGUCCUGCAUCAAGGGCGUCGGACGGCGAGUGGAAAAAGUUCGAGGACGAGCCGACGUCUGGGCCCCGGUUCCCAGGCGACCCAGAGUACCAGAUGCGCCAGUCGACGGACCGUGCCGAGCGCCGAUCUAUCCUGGCCAAGCGGGGAAGCCAUGCGCCCACCGUCAUUGCCCGGAACACGGCCAUCACCAAGGCCGACCUUGUGGGCAGUGCUGAGAGAAUCUACGCCAGGUUCCUCCUGCCUGGUUCGGAGAAGGAGAUCUACCUGCCGCCCCAGCUCCGCAUCAACAGCUUCCCCAUCUCGAGCUCCACCGUUCCCGGACCUCACGACACGGAGCAACAGCAAGCGCUCGCCAAGGUGCCCGACAUGUUCCACGCCCAAAAGGAGUACGUCUUCCGGACCAUGGAGGCCGACGUCUUUCCGCGCUUCCUCCGUGCCAAGGCCUUUGGCAAUCUCACCCCUGUCUCGGCCCUCGUCCGUCUCAGCCUGGGCCUGCUUGCGCUCUGGGCUGGACUGGCCACUGGCUUCAGCUUCAUUUUCCUCGAUGUCAAUCGGGUCAAACGGCUGUGGGUCAUUCUGCCCUUUGCCAUCGCCGUCUUCCUCAUCAUGUCGCACCAGUACGAGCUGGACCCCAUCUUGGCCAUUGCCCAGCAAUCAGAGACGACACCCUUCCACUUGAUUCGCAUCAAGGAGCCCUACGUCCGCAACCUCCUCCUCCAGCGUACCGCGGGCGUCCUCCUCAUCGUGACGCUCAUCACCGCUGCGCUCACGGUCCUCUUCGUCUUUGUCCCCGGUCACCGACUGUGAUUUCACCUCUUCACUCGCAUACCCAACAAGACAGCCGGCACACUGCUCGUCCACUCCUUUUCUUUUUCUAACACUACUUUUGAGCGCUUGCCCUCUUCCUGUCUUUGUGUCUAUUUACUUCUGUCUUCUUUGUCCUUACACACCCCUUCUUUACACGGCAGCAAAAAGAGGUUGCUGAUCCGUUCAGCUAGGCCUUUCCUUUCUCGGUUCUUUACCGUAAUCCUAAUCAUCUUUCCUUGCUGAUCAGGGAAGGAAAAGUUGUCCGUGGUAGCCCUGUUCUUCUGUUCUUUCCCGUUUGUGGUAGACUGGUCUCUGUUGUGUUCUCGGGCAAGGCAGCAGGCUGCUUGUCCAUUCGAAUGUUCUAUAAUGUCUCCC